CGUGAGAGGCAAUGGCAGAGGUGUAGAAGGAGAGAGAGAGGAGUCAAGCGUUCCUGACAGCUUCAUUUUAAUCCCACACCUGUGACAUAGUGACCCGAAGAGACCCCAAUCUACACCCGAGACACCCGACCCUCCUGGACGCCCGGGACCCGCAGUUUGAGCAGGGCUUUCGCAAAAUCAGUUAAAGCCGAAGCCACACCAUGUCAUUAAAACCACGGGUGGUGGAUUUCGAUGAGACAUGGAACAAGCUCCUUACGACAAUCAGGGCCGUUGUCAUGCUCGAUUACGUGGAGAGGGCGACAUGGAAUGACCGCUUUUCUGACAUAUAUGCACUUUGUGUUGCAUACCCUGAACCUCUGGGUGAAAGAUUGUACACUGAGACAAAGGUUUUUCUUGAAAAUCAUGUCCGACAGUUGUUCAAGAGAGUGCUGGAGUCAGAGGAAAAGGUUUUGGUGAUGUAUCACAGAUACUGGGAAGAAUACAGCAAAGGUGCUGAAUACAUGGAUUGCUUAUACAGGUACCUUAACACGCAGUUUAUAAAGAAGAACAAGCUGACUGAAGCAGAUUUGCAGUACGGUUAUGGAGGGGUGGAUAUGAAUGAGCCUUUAAUGGAGAUCGGAGAGCUUGCACUUGACAUGUGGCGGAAGUUAAUGAUCGAGCCGCUUCAGCCAAUGCUGAUUGGAAUGCUGUUAAAGGAGAUCAAAAACGACCGAUGUGGAGAGGACCCGAAUCAGAAAGUAAUCCAUGGGGUUAUCAACUCCUUUGUUCAUGUUGAACAGUACAAGAAAAAGUUUCCUCUAAAGUUUUAUCAAGAAAUCUUUGAGGGGCCGUUUUUGACCAAAACCGGCGAGUAUUACAAACAGGAAGCUUCAAAUCUACUGCAGGAGUCCAACUGCUCUCAAUAUAUGGAGAAGGUUUUAGGUCGGUUGAAGGACGAGGAGGUGAGAUGUCGGAAGUACCUUCACCCCAGCUCUUACGCCAAAGUCAUUCAUGAAUGUCAGCAGAGGAUGGUGGCCGAUCACCUGCAGUUUCUGCACGGAGAGUGUCAAAAUAUCAUCAGACAGGAGAAGAGAGAAGACAUGGCGAAUAUGUACACGCUACUGCGGGCCGUGUCCAGCGGCUUACCUCACAUGAUACAGGAGCUCCAGGUUCACAUCCACGAUGAGGGACUCAGAGCCACAAGUAACCUUUCUCAGGAAAAUAUGCCAACCCAGUUUGUGGAGUCUGUGUUAGAGGUUCACAGUAAAUUCGUUCAGUUGAUUAACACGGUGUUAAAUGGGGACCAACACUUCAUGAGUGCUCUUGAUAAGGCAUUGACUUCAGUAGUGAACUACAGAGAGCCCAAAUCCAUCUGCAAAGCUCCUGAACUGCUGGCCAAGUACUGUGACAAUCUGCUGAAGAAAUCUGCAAAGGGAAUGACUGAGAAUGAAGUGGAGGACAAACUGACCAGCUUCAUCACAGUCUUCAAGUACAUUGACGACAAAGACGUGUUUCAGAAGUUUUAUGCCAGAAUGCUCGCAAAGCGGUUAAUACACGGACUUUCGUUAUCCAUGGAUUCAGAAGAGGCCAUGAUCAACAAGCUGAAGCAAGCGUGUGGCUAUGAGUUUACAAGCAAACUGCACAGAAUGUACACCGAUAUGAGCGUCAGCACGGACCUCAACAACAAAUUCAACAACUUUAUUAAAACCCAGGAGACCGUAGUGGACCUGGGCAUCAGCUUUCAGAUUUACGUAUUACAGGCGGGUGCUUGGCCACUCACACACGUUCCCUCAUCCACAUUCGCCAUACCACAGGAGCUAGAGAAGAGCGUACAAAUGUUCGAGUUGUUUUAUAACCAGCACUUCAGUGGAAGAAAGUUAACGUGGCUGCACUAUCUCUGUACAGGUGAGGUGAAGAUGAACUAUCUGUCAAAACCGUACGUGGCUGUGGUGACCACCUAUCAGAUGGCAGUGCUGCUGGCGUUCAACAACGGCGAGACUGUGAGCUACAAGGAACUGCAGGACAGCACACAGAUGAAUGAGAAAGAGCUACAGAAGACCAUCAAGUCUCUACUGGACGUCAAGAUGAUCAGCCACGACUCGCAAAAAGAGGAAAUCGAGGCUGAAUCCACAUUUUCCCUAAUUAUGAGUUUCACCAGUAAAAGAACGAAGUUUAAGAUCACAACGUCAAUGCAGAAGGACACACCACAGGAACUGGAACAGACGAGAAGCGCCGUAGAUGAAGACCGGAAAAUGUAUUUACAGGCUGCUAUAGUGAGGAUUAUGAAAGCCAGGAAAGUCUUGAGACACAACGCUCUUAUACAGGAGGUUAUUAACCAAUCCAAAGCCAGAUUCAACCCGAGUAUCAGCAUGAUCAAGAAGUGCAUUGAGGUUCUUAUCGACAAGCAGUACAUCGAGCGAAGCCAGAGCUCUGCGGACGAGUACAGCUACGUCGCCUAAAAACACAUUCAUUGAAUUGAAAGAAAAUAAAAAAGCGCUUCAAAGCGUGAACGGUAAACAUGUCUUUUAUUUUCGGCUUUGGCUCCGGCACUCAAGCAUUGGAUCGAAACAGGACUCAAUGGCUCCAUCUUCUUUUGGAAAAGAGCCUGGGGUAGCUGGGCGAUCAACAAUAUGACACUGUCUCUCUUUUAUCCCCCAUCCCUUCCCUGUUCUGAUUUUAAGAUGUUUACAUCACCAGUGCCACGCCCAGUGCGUCAACGGAAAGAAAAAUUGCCUAUAGCUUCAGCGUAAAAGGAUAAUACAUUUUUAGACGUAAACGUAAGCGAGAAAGGAAAGCGAACGCAUCACGUAGAGCAAAUGUUUAAGAAACGUCCUAAAACCAACCACGCUUUCUUUUUCUCACGUUGCAGUUGUUGUGUGUAUUCUUUUUUAAUGUAUCAAAGUGAAAAAAAUAUUGUAAUAAAACCGGUAUACUGAAUUGCAUUUACUUUCAAAAUAUAAAUACAACUAUGAGGUGACAAACAUGAUUCUGCUGCUUGUCAAAUAAACAAAUAAAACACU